AUGCAAAACACUCUGGAGCGUCAGAACGAGUCUCGGGCGGCUGGACUCUGGGGCCGGGAUCAGGCGGUCCCGGGGGGCGGGGGGGCAGAAGUGCCGGCGUUCCGGCGGAAGGGGCGGGCAGCAGCGGCGGCAGCAGCGGCGUGGGAGCGCCAUGGGCCGCAAGAAGAGCAAGAAGAAGGGUCCGGGCGGCCCCCAGGGGCCGGUCGCUACAGCCGGGCGGGAGGCGGGGAUGGAAGGCAUCCCCCGGUCGCUACAGCCGGGCGGGAGGCGGGGAUGGAAGGCAUCCCCCGGUCGCUACAGCCGGGCGGGAGGCGGGGAUGGAAGGCAUCCCCCGGUCGCUACAGCCGGGCGGGAGGCGGGGAUGGAAGGCAUCCCCCGGUCGCUACAGCCGGGCGGGAGGCGGGGAUGGAAGGCAUCCCCCGGUCGCUACAGCCGGGCGGGAGGCGGGGAUGGAAGGCAUCCCCCGGUCGCUACAGCCGGGCGGGAGGCGGGGAUGGAAGGCAUCCCCCGGUCGCUACAGCCGGGCGGGAGGCGGGGAUGGAAGGCAUCCCCCGGUCGCUACAGCCGGGCGGGAGGCGGGGAUGGAAGGCAUCCCCCGGUCGCUACAGCCGGGCGGGAGGCGGGGAUGGAAGGCAUCCCCCGGUCGCUACAGCCGGGCGGGAGGCGGGGAUGGAAGGCAUCCCCCGGUCGCUACAGCCGGGCGGGAGGCGGGGAUGGAAGGCAUCCCCCGGUCGCUACAGCCGGGCGGGAGGCGGGGAUGGAAGGCAUCCCCCGGUCGCUACAGCCGGGCGGGAGGCGGGGAUGGAAGGCAUCCCCCGGUCGCUACAGCCGGGCGGGAGGCGGGGAUGGAAGGCAUCCCCCGGUCGCUACAGCCGGGCGGGAGGCGGGGAUGGAAGGCAUCCCCCGGUCGCUAAAGCCGGGCGGUUCUGUGCUGCCGGCGGCAGGGAGUACCUGACCGGCUUCCACAAGCGGAAGGUGGAGCGGAGGAAGGCGGCGCUGGAGGAGAUCAAGCGGAAGCUGAAGGAAGAGCAGAGGAAGAUGAAAGAGGAGCGGCACCAGGAGUACCUGAAGAUGCUGAGCGAGAGGGAGGAGGCGCUCGAGGAGGCUGAUGAACUGGAGCACUUGGUGACAUCGAGGACUGAGUCUGUAAACAUCGACCACCCGAACCACAUCGUAACAGUGACCACCAUCAGUGACCUGGACCUCUCGGGGACACGCCAGCUGGGACUGACCAGCUCCAUGGGAAAAACCGAUGGAUCUGAAGAAGAGAAAGGGGAAGAGGUGGUGAACAAGCCUGUGAGAACAAUGCCCAAGAAGUCCAGAAACCCCUUCCUGUCUGAAAAAAUCUCUUCCCUUACUGCCACACUGCACAUGCACAGCCGGAAAAAGACAAAAGGAAAGAGAUCCCAGCGUGGGCAAGGCCCCCGUAAGAAAAUCCAGAAGUCCAGCACAGGGCGAACCACCAAGACUCAGCGCCGGAGGCUGACGGGCAAAAUGGGCCGUGACCAAGAUUGACAGAGAAGCUGGUGCUCAGGCCACCAGCUGGGACAGUGCUCUGGAUCUGGCCUGCUGCCCUUCAGGACACUGUCACUGUGCGCAAGCACCUUGUUGACAUGGCACUCUGACCAGCUGUGAACCCACUUCAGCCCUUCUGUAGCCUCCUGAGCACUGGCCAGGGUGACUAGACACCCUGCCCAUUUAUUUUUGCAGUAAUCUCCAGCCUGGGUGCCACAGAAUUUCUUAAAAAGUUCUGCUGAAGGUCGUGUUCACUAUUUGACAUAACCCUCUGUCCUUGCCCCCCGUCCUUUCAGAGCUGAUACUUGGCUUUAUCAAAGAAGAGGAUCUGGGGCAGAGUGCAACAGGCACAUCGUUGUCAGGGCAAUUUGAGAGACUUGGGAGAGCUCUGCUUGCACUCCUGCAUCAGUGCCCUGGCAUUUCUGCUGUGCAGUAAAUCCUUUUUCCGUGGAGACAUGGUGUCAUCUUGUCUCCUGUUUCUUCACCACACAACACACUACCACACCUGAAUGCAGGGGUACUUUUUGUUUGGUACUUGUGCCAGGUGAAACUGGGUAACUUUGUGAAUAAAUUUGAAGUAAUUUUGCUAAGAAAAAAAAAAUAAAUCUGUGACUUAUCUGAAGCAUAACAGGAGCUGUGCUAAAGCCAGUACCAACUGGAAAGAGGGGGAGGCAAUUCCUGGUGUUUAAAGGAUAUUGAAAUCCACUGGUGCUUGGAAAAUGGAAUAGCUAGGAGCUAUUUCUGUGGCAAGGCAGAGCCAGCUAGAGCAGGAAUGGCUCAUUCCAUUGUCUGCUGAAUAUGCCGAUCGUAACUCAGAUAGCUCAGGGGAGUAUGAAAUGCCCUAAUGCCCUUGCUCUGUGUGUGUGGCCCUCUCCGGGGUGGGAGUGGCAGAGGCUGCCCUUGCCCUUUACCUCAGGGUUGCUGCAGUUAUUAGCAGCUAAUUGCUUUUCUUCUUAGGACCUCAGUGUAUGUUUUUUACUGUGGUUGCCCUAGGCAGGGGGAGAAAAAACUUUUUACGGUUGGGAUUUAGGAAUAAUGGUGGCAAAACCAUGAGUGAACCCUCUGAGGAGGAGAGUGAGCCCAGGCAGCAUGCUGGCCUCUGUCCUGGAGUAUCCUGGAGUAUUCUGCCUCUGUGAGCCAGGCCUCCUCCCAUGCCAUGUGUGCACUGGAAAGGAAAUGACAAAGAAAGAAAAGGCCUAUGUGUCCAAAACCCACACCAGAAAAAUUUGCAACCCAGCAAUGGGCAAGUAAAUAGAUUCCUCAUGCCAGAAAUGGGAGGGAAAAGAGUAAAGCAGUGCCUGAGGCUGCGUGGAGGAACAUCAGAACAGUGCUGAUGGCCACCAGCCGCUAAAGAGAAUGGCAGCAGCCUGAUGUAUCUCUCCAUCGUUUCUCCUAGGGUGUGCACACAGAGCUGUUCUCCAGAGCGUGUUAGGGGGGAGGGUAUGACCUCAACACUGACAGCAGCAGCGCAAUUUCUGCUCGAGGGAGGGCUCUGGAGGCAACCGGGUGGCAGUGUGCUUGUGGUAAGGAAGGGGCUCCUCUUGCACUUCCCUUUCCCUUCCGAACAAGGUAAUUGCUGGGGAAGUGGACGCUGUUAUCACUGGUGCCUUCUAUGCUUGGAUUCAGGGUCCCGCCCUGUGCUGAGCUCUUGGGCACUAGCAGAAUAAACUCAGUCACAUUAGGUGUGUAUGUGUGGUUUCCUCACCUCCAAAACAGUUUUCAAACACUGCCUUAAAGGCCACUCCAGAAAGGUCAUGGGAUUUAAUAGCUGAGUUUACCUAUCCAUCUGUCUCACGUGGGGUUCUUGGAUGUUUCAGAGCUAAAAAAACACAACUCAGGCAAGGCCGGAUGUGUUAUGCUGAACUGGAUCUCUGCCAAAGUAUCCAAAAGGUCCCAUGUGUGGAACAUAAAUUAUUUCUUGUUCUGAUUUGGGAGUUAUGUGCUCUAGAGAGUUCUGUGCUUGGUGGGUUUGAGAGGGAUGAAGGGGGGAAGGAGAAGGAGCUCUGUUUGGAGACUACCACACCAAGGGGACUGCAGCUCUAAGUCAGAGGGCAGGGUGACAUCCUUAGUCUGGAUCAUACUGCAGCUUUCCCUUCUCUCCAGGACAUAGUGCCUUGUGGAGUGACCAUGGACAGAAGGUGACCUUUGUGCUUCCUCACACGAGGAGUUUGCUCUGGAGCUGGGAUGGCCACUAUAAAAGAGCUGUACUAUCUGUUUGAGAAAUCUGCUGGAGUGUGGAAUGUGGAAUGUGGAUCGGUUGCCUUCCCCAGCCUGUAGGCAGCCUGGAAUGGUAGCUGGGACAGAGCUGGACGAGCACAUUUUGUUCUAGAUGAGGUGUUAAGAGUGACUUCAGUUUUUGUCAUUUUGCUGCCAGGUGAUCCAGAAGAAUCUUUUAGUUUGCUGUUUCCCUGACCUAAUAAGAUUUUUAAACCUUUCUCAAGUGUCAGCUGAAAUCUCCAACAGCCCUUCCAA